CAGUGGAUGUAAAGGCUGUAGGCUUGAUGCAAUGCAGAAAGCAGAAGAACUACAUGAUGUUUGUGUCUUGGUCAGAUCAGAACAAAAUCCUCAUCUACCGGACAUUUCAAGACUUUAAGAAUCUCCAUAAAGAGCUGAAGAGAAAAUUCCCCAUUGAGAAUGGCUCGCUCAGGAGAUCUGACCGGACAAUACCUCGGUUUAAAGAUGUAAAUAUGAAGCACAGGAAGAGUGGGAAGCUGAACAGGUGCCUGGAGAUACUGAAACUGCUGGAAACUUACUGCCAGGAGCUGCUGAAAACGGAUGCUAAGAUCUCGCAGGGUGAAGAUGUGAUUCAGUUUUUCAAGGCACAGACCCAAGACCUAGAUCCCUCCUUUCCUGAGAACAGUGUUGUGAUCAUGCCAUCAGAAAUUGGAGGGGGAAAGAAAAACCAGCCACGGCAGCAGCUCUCUAUUACACACCCCCAGGCAUCCCAGAGCUACAGAUGCAUCGAAACCUUUGAAACCAAAGACACAAAGAACAAGACUUUCAAAGUCGCCAAGAAGGAAAUUGUUGAAGUGUUAAUCAAGGACAUGACUGGAUGGUGGCUAGUGGAAAACGCAGACAAGCAGAUAGCCUGGUUCCCAGCCUCCUACCUGGAAGACAUUGAUGCCCACAAGGAUAUCCAGAAUGCCUUCAGCUCAAACGAGGAAGGCAGCCUGUACUUUGUUGUGAGGGCCUAUGAGUCACAGAAGGCAGACGAGCUCUCGCUGAACAAUGGCGUUGUCGUGGAGGUGGUCAAGAAAUCUGACGAUGGCUGGUGGCUGAUCCGAUACAACGGCCGUACCGGCUAUGUGCCCUCCAUGUACCUCCAGCCCUACAAGAAUCCUCACCACAAACUCCAGACCAUCAUAAGCUGCGGGCUCAACGUCUCCACUCCCAACCUCUCCUCCUCUCCGAUGACUCCCCAGCCCCAGGGUGAGGCCACGGGACAGCACAGGGUGCAGGCUGGCUCUUCCCUUGACCAGACUGAAGAGGACGUGAGCUCUGUGAGAAGCAGAUCAAGGUCUCUGCCCAGAGCCAGCUCCACCCCGGACCUGGAGUCAGACAGCUCAUCCCUCAGCUCGGGGAGCGGCAGCGAGCGUGAUGGCCGGCUGAGCUGGAAGCCUGAAUUGUCAAGAUCUCUGCCCGAAGUGGAACAGGCCAGGGGUUCUCCCCUGGGGCAUGCCUUGGCCACGCACAGCACCAAGUCUCCGCACCUCACUCACAAGGACAGGAACGAUUCUGGCUUUGUGGAGUCAUCUGCAGCUGAUCUAAGUAACUCCCUCGCUGACCCAGACUUGGGCACUUUUGUCCCCAAGGUGCCUGUGCGCCCCUCAGCCCACGAGAUCCUCCAGAGGUGCAGCACCAUCACGAAGCGAGCCGUGCAGCAGUCUUCCUCCCGGCCUGCCCUGCAGGCACUGCUCCCUGUCCCGAGUGUGCACUAG